AUGGGAUGCCGUUCCUUCUCCAAGGGCGAAGCCGCGGCAUCUUCCUUCUCCAACCUUGCCAUCGAAGCACUUGAGCUUGACAUCAGCUCUGAUUCUUCCAUCUCCAAAGCCUUCGCCACCGUAGAAGGGAAGUUUGGCCAUCUGGAUGUCCUCAUAAACAAUGCGGGUAUUUCACAACGAGCUUUACCCGAAGGCCUGACGACCCGCCAACGUUACGCACAGAUUAUGGACACCAACGCUAUCAGUGCAGCCUGUCUCCCCGAGACUUUCAUUCCUCUCCUUUGCGAUACUCUGAACCCGGCUUCCCAGUACUAUGGUCUCGACUCCCCAGAGUACAAGGCUUCGAAGGCAGCUUUGAACAUGAUCAUGGCUACGAAUGCCGUGGAGCUCAAGGGAGAAGGCUUCAAGGUCAAUGUGUGCUGUCCCGGGCUGAAUGCCACAGGACUGAGUGGAGCUCAUCCUAGCGUUGGUCCUUUGAACGCUUCCAGGUUGGCAAAGGCAGGGAAGGAUGGAGAACAUGGGACGUUCACAAACAAAGAGGGCUCAUUGCCAUGGUAA